AGCACACCUAUAAAAACCCAUAAAGGAUACGAUUAAUCUGGAUUACCCAUCAUUGUAAACAUGAAACGCAUCACCAUAAUUUUGUUUUUUGGAGUAGGGUGUAUUCUAUCACUAGUUAGAGGUAUGAUUGAUCCCGGAGACUUACCAGAUGGUCUGAAAACAUGUUUCGAAAUGAAGACUAACAAUAGUAACGUCAAAGAGGUUCCAAGUGAAGAUAUCUGUAUAACGUGUAUAACAGAUUAUCUAUGGAAACAGGGAAAACAUGUUCAUUGCUUCAAUAAAACAGAACAUGAUGUAAAAUGGGUAGCGGAAUUAUUGGCAGAACUUCAUCCCGCUUCAAUGAGAACUAAACGAAGUGCACCGAGACGAUGUCGAAGGAAAGAAUACAGAAUGUUGACAGACGAUGAAAGAGAAGAUUACCAUCGUGCUGUAAAUCUCAUGAAGAAAGAUAAGAGUAUAUGGCCGAAUCGAUACGAUGGCUUUGUGAUCUUCCACAGCGGAAUGUCAGGAAAGUCUGCUCACAGAGGACCUAACUUUUAUGGAUGGCAUAGAAUUUUAUUGAUCAUGUAUGAAUAUUCGUUACGUAAACUAGUACCAGGUGUUUGUCUGCCAUAUUGGGACUCUACUUUAGAUUCUGCCAUGUCAACAAUGCCUGAAAAUUCCAUCAUAUGGAGCAAACACUUUAUGGGAAACGGGGAUGGACAAGUACAAACUGGUCCAUUCAGGCGUUGGAUGAAUAUAGAUGGCAGUCCACUGAUGAGAAAUAUUGGUAGUACUGGUCAAUUAUUGACAAAACGUACUGUCUUAAAUAUCCUUUCAAAGCGUUAUAAUCACCAAAUAUGUGAACCUUCGCAGAAUGUGAUGCAUAGUUUGGAAGGGUUACACGAUCAAGUUCACAUGUGGAUUGGUGGUAAAAUGUUUGAUAUAGCAACGUCACCAAUGGAUCCAAUUUUCUUUAUGCACCACGCCUUUAUUGACUGUCUUUGGGAAAUAUUCAGGAAACAACAAAUAGGAUAUAAGAUAGAUCCCAGUAAGGACUAUCCCAAUACCGGAGACCUCUUACAACACCCAGACAGACCAAUGGACAGUCUUCCACCCAUACCAGGAUUUGGAAGACUAAGGAAUAAGGAUGGUUAUCUCUCUUAUUGGACAGAUAAAUUUUACUUUUAUGACCCUCCUCCAACAUGUAGUUUUCCAACUUUAGACUGUGGCUCAAAGUGGUUAGAAUGUGACACAAGAAGGAAAAUUUGUGUUUCUAAAAGUAACCAAGCAAUGUCUUUUCAAUAUCCAACAUUUAACUCUUUUAAUCCCUGGAAUUUCUACUUAAAAAGAGGUAAACGAGACACAUAUAAGGUUUUAUUAGGUAAGCUUGGCGAAACUGAAUCUCCUGAUCAAAGCCAAAUGAGUUAUGAGAAGGUUAAGCUAAACGUUCCAAAGGAAGUUGCUUUAGGUUCACCAAUACAAAAUGCAUUUGAAAUAGAUUGCGUUCAAGACAUAAGAGCAUGGGCAUUUAUGGCUAUCAAAGUAAUCCACUUAAGACCUCAAGAAGUUAAAAUGUCAGCUCAUAUUAUUGAAAAUGGCAAAAUACAAGAUACAGACAUGUAUAACGAGAGUAACUACAGAAGCUUAAAAACACAUAUAAAACCUGGUUCUCCCGCCAUGUAUGAUACUUGUAUGGAAGACAAUUCCGGAGCUUUCAGGAUCAAUCUCGUAUCACGUGGACUCAGUUACAAUGGUUGGUAUGAAGACUAUGUUAUGGUAGACAAUCGCUUGCCUAUCUCGUCACAUGUCGGGUAUAUUGCAUUCAAAAAGCCAGGUCCAAACGACACAGAACCAGUUACAUCAUUUAUUUCGGCAACAGAUACAUGUGGUCGGAUGUGCAAACCCAAGUGUCUGAAAAAGGGAUCAGGUUCAAAGCCGACAUAUGUUCCAUGCGAUGGAGUAAUUAAGGCUACAGCACAAUCUCCUUUGAUGUAUGGAGAGACGUAUGGGGAUGCUGCAGGUGACAUUUGGGACUUUUCUGAUCCAAUGGUUCCUGUUAGCAAGGAGAGUGGUAUCUUUAUGAUAUUCUAUUGUGAUUAUUCGGAUACAUGGCCUUGGGAGAGUUGUAAUAAAACCUAAUUCAAUUUGCCA